AUGUCCGGCCUUUGGCUCGGGUUUGGCUUCGUAAUCUGCGCGUCAGCAACAUACUCCGUGCGACAGUUGUUCUCUGGAGGAAGGGCGCAGGCGUACUGCGCAAUCUUGGAUGACUCCUCAUUGAAGUGCUGGGGACACAACUCCCAACAACAGCUCGGCACGUGGGGUAGCCCAGGAGCCUCCGAGAACACAAUGGGUGAUUUCUUGCCAGUCAUUGAUGUGGGUGCAGGUCGGACGGUUCAAUCUGGUUCACUGAGCAGCGACAACCUCUGCGUCGUGCUUGACAAUGGUGAGGCCAAGUGCUGGGGAGAGAAUAAUGAAGGUUACUCGGGGACGCCUAGCCUCAAAAAAAACACACGCCUCGCUGCCGGAAGGGAUGAUAUCCCUGCCAUUGAUCUCGGAAGCGGGCGGACAGCGCAACAGGUGGCUGCAGGAUCGAAAGUUGCUUGUGCUUUGCUGGACAAUGGCGGCGUGAAAUGCUGGGGAUACAGCAACUACGGUCAAAUGGGGUAUGCGGACAGAGUCCGACAGGCAGGAUGGAGCGAGAAUAGCAUGGGAGAUUAUCUGCCUGAAGUGGAUCUGGGAACUGACCGCACGGCCAAGAAGAUAAUUCAAAAUUCAUUCAAUGCCUUUUGUACCAUUUUGGACGAUGACAGCCUGAAGUGUUGGGGGAGGCACACAGGCACCCUGGGGCAAGAUAACUCGGCAUCGAUCAAUGAUCCCAGCAACGUGGACCCCAUCAACCUUGGUGAAUCCAGGACGGUGUUGGACGUAGCUGCUUCAGAAUACAUCAUCUGUGCCCUCCUAGAUGAUGGUACCGUCAGGUGUUGGGGAGCUGGUACUGAUGGGGGUUUGGGUUCCGGAGAUACGGUAAACCGUGGGAGCGAAAGCUCAAAGCCGGUCCUCAGUGCUCCCUUAGUAGACCUGGGAACGGGCCGAACUGCAAAGCAGAUUGCAGUGGGCCUUCACUUUGGCUGUGCGCUUUUGGACAACGACUCCGUGAAAUGCUGGGGUCGCAACACGCAGGGCCAGCUGGGCCAAGGAGACACAGAGCAUCGUGGAGAUGCGCCAGAUGAGCUGGGGGACAAGCUGCCGCCUGUUGACGUGGGUACGGGGAAGACAGUCAAACAAAUCGUGGCAAUGCGGGAUGGCUGUUGUGCCCUCCUCAACGACGACACAGUGAAGUGUUGGGGGCAAUACCAUGGCCAGGGGCAUUCUGAUUUUGUGGGAGAUGAACCUGGAGAGAUGGGGGACUCUCUUCCUGCUGUGCAGUUUGGCACCAAACCUACAACCACGACCACUGAGAGCCUCACCGCCACGUCAACAACCAGCGGUACCAGUACAGCUACAUGGACAUCGACGACAAGCCGCUCGUCCAGCAGCACCAGCUCUACGAGGACGGGCACCAGCAGCUCCACUUCCAGCAGCGGCACGACGAGCAGCACCAAGAGCGGCACCGACACCAGCACGUCAACAACCAGCAGUGCAUCCAGCAGUAGCACAAGCAGCUCCCUGACACGAACAACGAGUACUACGUCCAGUGCUAGCACCUCAACGACGAGCAGCACAUCAACGUCGGCCAGCAGUUCCAGCAGCGUCAGCACCAGUACCUCAACGACAAGCAGCACAUCAACGUCGGCCAGCAGUUCCAGCAGCAUCAGCACCAGUACCUCAACGACAAGUGUUACAUCGACGUCUAGCAGCAGUUCCAGCAGCGGCAGCACCAGCACCUCAACGACGAGCAGCACGUCGACAUCUGGGAGUAGCUCCAGCAGCAGCUCGACGACAGAGACCAGCACCAGUAGCAGUACAACGGCAUCGAGCGUGACAACAUCAUCCUCCGUAACCAGCACUUCCUGGACUAGCAGCUCUACUUCCAGCACUUCCAGGACCAGCAGCUCCACAUCUAGCAUGUCCUUGACUGGCAGCUCCACGUCCAGCACGUCCACCACCAGCACAAGCAGUAGCAUGUCAAGCACAAGCCGCAGUACCAGCACCACCAGCACUGCCAGCAGCAGCACCACGGGCUCCCACACAUCCACAACCGUGUCGCGCAGUAGCACCACACGGACUCCAGGCACCCCAGCAGAGGCAGCGAGACAAAAGCAAGAGGAGCAAAGGAAGGAGCAAGCUGCAGCAGCAGCAGCGUCCGUGGAGGCGGCUGAGCAGGAAAGUGUGCAACAGCUUCUGAGCACCCUCAAUUUCGACUCUCCUGGGAAUAGCACCGAAACCGGCGGCGUGUUGGGGCAGGUGUCCAUGUCGACCGAGACAGGCACGCUGAAGGUGGCGGCCCUGUCACCGGAGGCAGUGGAGGCCGCCGGAGGAAGUGUCGCGGUUUCUGCUGGCGAGACAGGUGCAAAGGUGGAGAUGCCGGCGGCAAUCCUGUCCCAAGCAGCUGAGCUCUUCGAGAAAUCAGGUGUCUCUGGGCCAGUGAUCCUGAGCCUGACUAGCAUGUCAGAUGAGACGGCCGAGAACUUCGCAGAUCGGCAGGUCGAAGGUGAGCCUGCCGCAACUCUGCAGUCGGAGCCUUUGAGUAUCAACCUCAGAGGCCCGGAUGGCUCCAACUUGAAGAUCGGUGAGCUGCAAACCCCCAUGGAAAUCGUUCUAAAGGUGAAGAGUCCCAAUGCAACAUGUGCCUACUGGGACGAGGACGAGAACCGAUGGUCAAGCAGGGGUCUGACCGCCCUGUCCAGCAGCGGGGGUGAACUCACUUGUUUGACCACUCACCUCUCCAUCUUUGCCGGAGUCUUGCAGAUCAUCGUCGAAAGGGCUGCUGCAGUCAUUUCUUGCAGUUCCGCUUGGGAGCUCAUGUCGGAGAAAGGCUUUCAGAAGCUCAUGGGGUCACGCCGGAAGUGGAUGGGCAGCCUGCCGUCAAUUUCGACUUUCGUCUUCAUAGCCUUGUUCUUGGUCAUCCAGUGCCGUGCGGCCUAUGUGGACCGCCGAGACAAGCAGAUGGUUCCCUGGGAGGAGCUCGAGCCAAUCCUCUUUCGCGAGGCUUUGCCUUCGGACGAGGAGCUGCCUCGAAGACGAGGAGCUGCCCCCGCCUGGGCGUGCUGCCGCUAUUGCCUGGUUCAGCUGAAGGAGUGGUGCUGCUGGUGCACGGGCAUCUGUUUUGGCGUGGAAAAUAUUUUGCAGCUCCUCAUGGACGCAAUCCCGAACGCCCCAGAAGCCAGCGUCAACCGGUGCAUCAGGUCCCUCCACGCAUAUCGAUGCGGCGUGGCUCUGGACAGCCUGGAGAUUCUGCUCGCCAACGAGAAGUUCCAAGUCGAGGACAGCGUUCCGAGGCAAGUCUCGCGCACCCCGGCUCGCCGAAGCCGCUUCUCCCGUAUGAUGCACUCAGUGGUUCAGCACGUCAAUGAAUUCGCGAUGGCGGUGCGUGACCUCAGUGCUCGAUGGGAAGUUCACCUUCACGGGGCUAGUGCUGUGCAGUCUAUCCUUCAGCGAGGGUGGUGCAGCCGUGUCUGCCUGCUCGUUCCUGCAUUCCACCCAUGGAUCGCAUUGUUGCGGUUCAGCAUAUUGACGCCUUAUACCGUGCGAGUUGGCCUCGUCUUCUUGAAGCUCUGCACCGCAGGCGCUACCAACGCGCUCUUCUUCACAAGCACCACGCCAAGUCCCGACGAUGACCCUGGUUGUCGACAGAAGCUCAGCUUCUUUGAGGCCCUGGUCCAGAAUUGCGUUGUGGGUUUUCUAUCCGCUUUUCUCGGCGACUGCAUCAUCUUCACGCUCUUCCUCGUACAGGUUCGCAGCCCCUUAGAGAAGAGGCAGUGGACAGAGGCGGCCAAGGCACGGAAGCUGGCCUGGUGGCGCUGUCGUUCCUAUGUCUUCUGGUUGCUGUGGCUCGUGUACACUAUCGCGUGCCUGGCAUACAUCAUGAUGUUCCUUGCGAACUCUCAUCUUGAAGAUGCCCACAAGUGGUACCAGAGUACUGGGAUGAGCCUACUUCAGGACAUGGUGCUCUUGCCGUUGGGCAUGGCUGUGGCCCUGGGCACAAUCGCCACGUGCGCACUUCGAAGUCAGCGCAUCAGGAAGAGCAUCAAGCACAAAUGGUACCAACAGCCAGAGGAUGGCGAGCAGAAGGAGCCCGAAGGUGAGCCGGAAGCCACGCAGCAUGGGCGUCAAAUCUCCAUUGCUUCGUCGGCGUCAGACCAAGCAGAGCAUUUCGUAGUGGAUGAGGGCCAUAAGUCCAGUAGGAAGGGCCAGGAGAUGCUAAAUGACUUCCAGGCUGUGUUGCCCGGCAUGCCAGAUUAG